AUGGCUUGGCGGUCGGCCGAGGCUGCGUGCGGCUGUCCGGUGCGGCAGUGCAUCCUCAGCGUGUCCGCUCGUCAGGUUCGUCCCUCGUCCCCUCGCGCUCUCGCUCUCUCGCCUACUCGUCCACUCGCCCACUCUCCCGCUCCCUCAUUCUCUCCCACUCUAAUCUGCUCCUCUCGUGUAUCGCGUCUCGCCACCCGCUCGCCUCUCAGCGCCGAUCGAAGCGCCCACUCAUCCCUUCCCCUUCCCCCCGCGUUCUCGCGUUGCAGGAGAUUGCCACGUGCCGGAUCCCCAUUGCUGCGUGCGCCCUCUUCACAACGCGGCGGCGGCAGCAGCAGAAGCAGCAGGCGGCAGGCAGGAAAGGCGCGAGCGAGGGGGGAGGCGGAGGGGAGGGGGAGAUACGAGCGGGCGGGGUAUGCGAGCUACGGGGAGUGGGACCCGCGCGCGGGGACAGGCACGGAGGGGGAGGCGGAAGAUGGGGAGGGAGAAGGGGAGGGCGAGAUGAGCGCGGGAAUGGGGGCGGGGGAGGUCGAUGACAGGGGUUGGCGGACGGCGGAGGAGGUUCGGCGGGAGGUGGAGGCGCGGAGGCGCGCGGAGGCGGAGGCGGAGGCAGUGCGCGCAGCAGUGGAGGAGUAUAGAGACGCGGAGGAGUUCCUUAUAACGGAUAUAAAAGAAUCCGCGAAUCCAAACUACCUCGCGUCGCACCAGUCGUACCCCUCCCCCUUCAUCUACAUCCGCCCCGUCUGCUCGCGCCCCAACGAGGGCGAGCGCUUCCCCCGCGCGCGCAACCUGCUCGUGGGCGAGGCGAACGCGCUGGAGCGCGUGCGCGCACACAUGGCGCGCGCGGAGGGGCGCGAGUACGUGCCUGCGGGCAUGAGGGGUGGCGGAGAGGGAAGCGGGGGCGAGGACGAGGAGGAUGAGUGGGGGAAGGGGGACGAAACGGAGGAGGAGCAAGAGGGAGAGGAGGGAGAGGACGAGGACGCGGGGGAGGGGGGGUUGGCGCGCAGCGGGGGGGGCGGGCGGUUUUGGGAGGAGGAGGAGGACGAGGCGUGGGAGGCGGAGAGCGCGGCGCUGAGGGGGCUGAGCGGGUGGGCGCGCAUGCGAGCGGCGUGGGCGUUGGAGGACCGCGAGAGAGAGGCUGCUGCUGCUGCAGGGGGGAAGCAGCUGGGCGCUGACGGGCAGGGGUUGGCGCAGGAGAAGGGGGCUGCGGGGGGGGUGGGCGCGUGGGCGCGGGGGGAGGCGUUUGUGGGGGAGGUGGGGCCUCUGGAGGUGGUGGGGGAGGAGGAGGUGUGGUGGAACUGGCAGAAGAACGAAGGCGAGCAGCAGAUCUGGACCGCCUGGCAGAAGGAGGCCGCCACCACCGAUGCGGCCAUGGCGCUAGCAGCAGCGGAGGCGGGGCACAUCAGGCUGCAUGGUGACAAGCCCACCACGGCAGAGGCUGUGCUGGCUAGGGUGCGCCGCAAGCCACUUGCAGAUGAGAGACUGGCAAAAGAGGAGGAGCUGCGGCAUCGCCUGGGCGAUUUGGCGUACUACCAGGAGUGGGUGGCGGCAUGGCCUCAUGACACGUCGCUCAAGGCGGUGCGGCGCGUGGCGAGGGAGACAGGGCGGCCCAUGGAGCACCAGAUCCUCGACAUGCUCGCCAUGCAGACCCAGCGCGAGUACAACGCCAUGUGUGGGAGGGACGUGCGCCUGCAGAAGGACCCGCUCGCCAUCCGCAUGGACAAGAAGCAGUGCAAGCGCGUGUGGGGCGGCGACCCAGUCUACCCAACAGUGAACUACGAGCAGGCGCCCGACCACGUGGUGGACUACCGCGGACCCAAUUUCCACGAGCCCAGCGAGGACCCUUUCAAUGUCGUGCGCCAGCAAGGCAGGGUGGUGACGCAGGAGCAGAUGGAGGCCAUCAUGGCACGCGAGCAGGAGGAGGAGGAGGCGUUCCUGCAAGAGCUGGAGGAGACUGGGGAAGACGCCGUUGACAUUGGCGAGGAGGAGGAGGAUGAAGAGGAGGAGGAAGAGGAAGAGGAAGAAGAGGAGGACGAGGAGGAAGAGGACGAGAUAUCGGAGGACGAGGAUUCGGACGAGGGCCAGCCAGCACAGGCGUCGUCGCACGGGCAUGCGGUGCGGGAGGGGCGGGGGAGGCGGCCAGCGGAGAUCCUGGAGGAGGACGAGCAGACGGGCAUGCAGUGGGUGGCCGUGCCCACACGCAUGGAGGGCACCCCGGGGCGACUUGCUUAUGAGGAGGACAGUGAGGGGAUGAGCGAGGAGGAUGAGAGUGGGGAUGCUGCUGCUGGUGCUGGUGGUGCUUCUAGAGGCGGCAUUUAA